AUGAAAAUGUAUAUGAUGAAGUAUAAAAUUAACUUAAUCUUUUUUAUUAAAAUUUUUGCCUUUGUCCUACCAUUGGGGACGUGUCAUACUUACAAUGAUAGUAAGCUUAAUAAAUAUUUGAAGGGGAGUUAUAUAUUUGGUGGAGAAUUAAAUACGAGAAUUCAUCCAGUACUAACAAAAUAUAAGAAUAAUAAGGAGUCAAGUGUUGUAGGUACUAAAGUAGAGUUACCAUAUAUUGGAUUGAACAAUAAAGAAGAUAUAUGUAAUUAUGAAAAAGGGGUAAAUGGAAAAGUGAGUGAAUCAAAUAAAAGCACAUUAAAUAAUGAGAAAAGUCAUAAACGCCAUGGGAAAAAUAAAUCUUGGAUAUUUGUAACAAAAAAAUAUUCCCUUGUAGAAAAAAAAGUAUUUAAAGAACUUGAUUAUAUAGAUUUUCUUAAAAAUAACAGGAAUAUUAGUUAUAAGGUUUACAAAAAAAUAAUGCGUAGAAAAUUCGGGUUUCGACUUGCUUUACCUUUAAUAUUAUUUUUGUUGUUGUCCUUAUCUCUUAUGUUAGAUUUUUCUUGUAAUUGUGGUCUUACAAGAGGGUUGUAUAAAUUAUUACGUUUGUUAUUAAGUUCGUCACAACUUUGUGAUUUUCACAAUUAUUUAAAGGAUAAUGUAGGUUCUUUUUUCAUUUAUACAGUAUCUAAGGAUAAUGGGGAAAGUGUAGAUUUACAUAUAACACCAUUUUUUGAUUUUCUAAUAUAUUGUGUACUCUUCUUUACACUGGGUAUUACUAUUAUAUCAAGAAUUAUUUAUUACCAUAAAAAAGUUAAAAAAUAUGAAAAAAUUAAAUUUAGGAAAACAUAA